AUGGGUACCGGAGGACUUCUUGGUUUCAUCAUUGCCGGAAAGCGGACUGCAUGUUACAACCAUUAUGAUUCCUAUCCUGACACCUUAGGAGUGCGAAUCGUCAUGUUCAUCUUGGGACUCACACCUGAGCAAAGACAGUCGAUGAUCGAGCGAUUGAAGGAGAUCAUAUGGAUCGAUGAAGAACUUGAUUCACCACCUUCCGAAGGACUCUUCCAAUACUACACUUCCAAAGACUUCCAUUUGGACUCGUAUGAAAAGGAGGAGAAGCUGAAAUGUCCUGCCGAGUUCGAACAUCGACGACGUACCCCUCACACUUGGUCUGAGCUCCUCAGAGGAAUGCAAGGUGCCCCAUGUCUCCCCAUGUCUCCCGGAGAUUCUCAGUGGCGAACUCAAGCAUCUCAUCGACCGAAUUAG